AUGUCGUUAAUGAAGAUGAAGCGAAACGUCGGUGGUGGUGGAUUUCACGGCGAGGAAGACGAAUUAGAGUUAGGGUUAGGUUCAGUGAGAUUCACGCGAGGUUUAGGGAGAAAAAGGAUUUUGAUUUCGAGUAGUGUACGCGAAUCUCUGUCUAGAUCGGCCGUUGAGAUUCCGGUAACUGAAUCGCCGCCGGUGAAUAAACUCAGUUCGUUGAAGAGACAACGAAGCAGAGCAACCGUUUCUAAAUCUGGACUUGAAUCUCUACCUCAAGAACUCUUGAGUUUAAUAGCCAAAAGUUCACAUUUUGCAUACACAACACCGAGAAAGAUUCGAGCUUUUCGAAACCCGAUAGAUCUCGAUGAUUCGAGCCAUCGAGAGGAAGAUAUAGAGCCACCAAACGCACCGAAACACUAUCGUUGGACCAAGGCUAAGAGGAAAGAGCAAUUGUCAAGUGUCUCUGUGGCUUUGUUUACUUGA